AAGGGGCGGGGCCAAACAGCCGCGACGCUGCCUGGUCGUCUAGCAACGGCCCAAAGCGAAGAUAUGGAGGCCUGCAGCAGCAGGGAGCUGGAGGCCAGGAAUUAUUUAGAGAAACAUCGGAUAAUGGAGUUGCUGAACUAUCUCACCAGCUCCCUGGUCUUUUACCAGCCAGAUAAACCAAGAGAGUAUUUAGUAGCUCUAUUGGAACGACUGAGAAUUGCCAAAAUGACAGGCGUGGCUUUUCCUUUCUUUAUGGAUCACUCUAACAUUGUGGCUAUGUUCGAGAUGAUGGACUCCUCGAGCAAAGGCACCAUAUCAUUUGUGCAGUAUAAAGAAGCCCUAAAUACCCUAGGUCUGUGUACUGCAGAUGAAGUUUUAAAAGAUGAUGGAUAUGGAAUAACUUUGGAUAAAUUCAAGCUUGAAGUGAACAAGAGGACUAAGGAAAUAUGGUCAGCAUUUUAAUAACAUCGUUACAUACACAGGCCCAAGAACUGGACAAGACAGAAGAGGAUGGUGGCAAUGACGGCUCAGUAGCACCUGGAAAACCAGCAGGCCUGAAAUGGGACAAUGUGGAUGGCUACAGACCAACCAGGGCUAGAGGCUGCUAGGCCUCCCCUGGAGCCAGAACACUCUUGCACAAUAGAAAGAGUUCCAACUACUA